ACCAACCUCUCGUCUUCAACAUGGCACAUCAUUGGAUAUCGAUAGCUUGUGCUUUAGUUUUUCUGAUCUCUUCAUCAAUGGCUUCUGCUGCUGUCGUAGAACACUCAUUUCAUGUGGAAAACUUGACUGUUACGCGACUAUGCAAGAAGCAAGUUAUAAACGCAGUGAACGGAAAAUUUCCAGGCCCAACAAUAGAAGUUCAAGAGGGUGACACCCUCCUUGUUCGUGUCCUUAACAAGUCUCCCCAUAACCUUACUAUUCACUGGCAUGGAAUAUUUCAAUUACUAAGUGGGUGGGCAGACGGACCAAACAUGAUAACUCAAUGUCCCAUACCACCUGGAAAAACCUUCACCUACAAAUUCAAAGUGAUUAAACAAGAAGGAACCCUUUGGUGGCACGCUCAUGUCUCCGUGCUCCGAGCCACCGUCUACGGUGCACUCAUUAUCCAACCCAGAUCCCCUAAAUCCUUCCCUUUCCCGAAACCCGACCACCAAGUUCCGAUUCUACUCGGCGAAUGGUGGAACGCCGAUAUCAUUCAACUUGAAAAUGAAGCACUUGCAGUCGGCGGAGGUCCCAACAAUUCUGAUGCUUACACCAUCAAUGGCUUACCCGGCGAUCUCUAUCCUUGCUCCCAAAAUCAUACUUUCAAGCUUAAUGUGGUGAAAGGAAAGACCUAUCUGCUAAGGAUAAUCAACGCUGCACUCAAUAACCAGCUAUUCUUCAAGAUUGCUAAUCAUAAAAUGACUGUUGUUGCUUUGGACGCUGCCUAUACCAACCCAUUUCUCACCGACGUCGUCGUCGUUGCCCCUGGUCAGACCGUCGACGCACUCCUCCACGCCGACCAGCCCAUCGGUUCUUACUUCAUGGCCGCCAGUCCGUACGCCAGCGCACCCAGCGUACCCUUUCCUAACACCACCACAAGGGGCGUCGUGGUUUACGACGGCGCCACGACAUUGGCUCCGCUGAUGCCACCAAUGCCUGCCCCACACGAUACCCCCACUGCUCACCACUUCUACACAAACAUAACCGGACUGGUAGGCGGGCCCCAUUGGGUCCCCGUACCAACGGAGGUGGACGAAAGGAUGUUCGUCACAAUAGGGUUGAAUCUCGAGCCAUGCCAGGAGAAUGCCACGUGUCAAGGCCCCAAUGGGCAGCGAUUUUCGGCGAGCAUGAACAACCACUCGUUUCAAUCUCCGACAACGCUGUCCAUGCUACAAGCUUUUUUCUUCAACGUUGAUGGGAUCUUCACCGAUGAUUUCCCCGACAAGCCGCCGGUGAAGUUUGACUUUACGAACACCAACAACAGCAACAACAUGAGCUUGUUGUUUGCACCGAAGACGACGAGUGUUAAGAAACUCAAGUUUAACUCAAGGGUGGAGAUGGUGCUGCAGAACACGGCGUUGCUGACGAUAGAGAAUCAUCCCAUGCAUCUUCAUGGAUUCAACUUCCACGUGUUGGCCCAGGGCUUUGGGAACUAUGACCCUGUAAGAGAUAGAAAGAAGCUAAAUCUUGUUAACCCACAAGCACGUAACACCAUUGCUGUACCAGUCGGAGGUUGGGCUGUCAUCAGAUUCAUUGCAAACAAUCCAGGUGUAUGGUUCAUGCACUGUCAUCUGGACGUUCACUUGCCGUGGGGCUUGGCGGCCGCUUUCGUGGUCGAGAAUGGGCCGACGCCAUGGACUAGGCUUCCUCCACCUCCACGUGAUCUACCCAAGUGUUAAUUAAUUUAUAUUGUUUUGAAUAAGUUUGGCUUUCCCUUUCACACGAUUGCAAUUAAUUGUUUGAU